AGACGAAAAAGAAGUAGAAGAAGAAGAAGAAGUAAAAGCUCACCUGUGUCAUUGUUAGUCUCCGUUAUUUUUAUUGAAUGUUUCUCUCAUGUAACCUACAGUUGUACGUUUCUCCGGUAUUGCACAUUUUAUUGUGUUUACGACGAGUCAACGUUGGUAACUUGGAGUGAGCGGCACAUUGGGCGCGUGGCUAACACACAUGUUCAAGGUGGAGCAGUCAGAUGUGUGAUAGCUGAGUUGAGGGCGGUGAAGACGGCAUCCUCUGUGGAUCUGCUGGCUCUGGAUGCAAACUGGGGUGGGGGGACAUUAGCUGGCAUUAAUCCAACCUCAGCACCAUGUUCUCAGCCAAGCUGACCAGCCGGUUAACUCUGAAUACCCUGAGGAGGAUUCAUCCCGGAGCUCUGGGCCCGUGUCAUUACUCCCCGUCGAACGUCUUCCUUCACGCAGGAGGAGGGAGGACUAGAGAUGCGAGUCUCCACUCGGAUUCCCGUGUGUUGACGAGAGGACUUUACGGCCAGAGUGUUUCCCUCCCGUCAAUCAGACCACGUGAAUAUGGGAGAAGGUCAUUCGGUUUAUCAGCUGCCGCAGUCGUGAACUCAGCACCCGCUUCUGUCCAGCCGUACCUCCGGUUGAUGAGGCUGGACAAACCUAUUGGGACAUGGCUGCUCUACCUCCCGUCUACAUGGAGCAUCGCUCUGGCUGCCGACCCCGGAUGCCUCCCACAUCUGGACAUGCUCGCCCUGUUUGCUGCGGGUGCCCUGCUGAUGAGGGGAGCGGGCUGCACCAUCAAUGACAUGUGGGAUAAAGACUUUGACAAAAUGGUGGCCAGGACGGCAACUCGACCCAUCGCAUCAGGAGAGAUUUCUCAGAUGCAGGCGCUGGCCUUCUUAGGGGGGCAGCUUUCACUGGGACUCGGGGUUCUCUUGUGUCUCAACUAUUACAGCAUAGCUCUGGGUGCUGCCUCAUUAGCUCUGGUCAUCUCCUACCCGCUGAUGAAGAGGAUUACUUAUUGGCCACAGUUGGUGUUGGGCCUCACUUUUAACUGGGGAGCGCUGAUCGGCUGGUCCGCUGUCAAGGGCUUCUGUGAUUGGUCCGUGUGCCUCCCGCUGUAUUUCUCGGGAGUGAUGUGGACGAUGAUAUAUGACACAAUUUAUGCACAUCAGGAUAAGGAGGACGACGUCAAGGUCGGCGUGAAAUCUACUGCGCUGAGGUUCCAUGAGCAAACCAAACCGUGGCUCAGCGGCUUCACGGUGGCCAUGAUGUCCGGACUGGUCGUGACGGGAGUCAACGCUGAGCAGACUCUCCCUUACUAUGCAGUACUGGCCACGGUGGCCGUUCACCUCACGCAUCAGAUUUACACACUGGACAUUAACAAACCAGAGGACUGCUGGAAGAAAUUUUCCUCAAACAGAAACCUUGGACUGUUGUUACUUUUGGGCAUUGUUGCCGGCAAUUUGUGGAAAGAAAGACGAGAGACUUUGACGCAAAACGAGGAAGCAGUCAGAUGAGUGAGAUCGGCAGAACAAAUAUUAUUUUUGCGAUAUCACAAUCGGUGACGUUUAAUUCUGAACAAAGCUCUAUGAGAAGAUGGAGCUUUUUUUAAUGGAUAUUGUUGAGAUUAAAUUAUGAAAUAAUACACCUCCUAGUACAGACAGACAUAAUUCACCUAUCUUCAAGUGCUGCCAAGUGGACCUUUGGUGGCUGCACAAACAAAUAUGAAAAUCAGCAACAUGUAGUCACAAUAAACAUGCAUUAUUGGUGAAAUUGUGUUGUUUUUGUUCAAAGUUGCAUUAAGCAAUUUUAACCACUAGGGAGCCGACAAAUGGCCACCGUAAGACGUGAUUACUGCUUGUUUUGAUUUCAUUUUGUCCACCAACUAUUCAGAAAAAAAUCUGAUGUUUAACUAAAUUUUAACUAAACUAAAACUCCAUGAGUCGCCUGUUUACCUCAGCUUGCUGUCUUGUCGUGCGAGGCCGAUUGGGUGCACAGCAAUGAAGUAUAUGUGCAGGAAUGAAUGAAGGAGGCUAAAAGCUGCACAGACCUGCUCACAUGACCUGGUUAUUUAUUUCAGUGACGGUAUCAAAAGGACACAUUGAAUAAAAUGACCCAUUGCUACGCUGGAAA